CGAUAAGCGAAUCUGAUUGGCGGGCUCCGACUGGCCAUCGGCCCGAUCCGACGAUGCUCCCGAAGUGACUCGAAACCUCCGCCGCCAAGACCAUGCCGAAAGAGCACAGCUACAGAUCUUGGAUUUGCAUCUGUAUACAUAUAUGCAUGUACAUUUAUAUGCUUAUGUUUGGAUUUGCAUUUUUUUGUUGAAAGUGUUGGAACAUUCGGGUAGAGUCUCGAUGGCGGCGGAGCGGGCCGACGGCGGGGCGGUCAAGCCGCAGCUGGCGGAGUUCAGAGGCUCGGAAGGCCCAAUGAUACGCUCGAUACUGGCUAUGAUUGUUUGGCUUGGGGGCAUCCACUUCAACGUCGUUGUCGUCUUGGCUUCGUUCUUCUUCCUUCCCCUUCCCAAGUUCUUCGCGGUGUUGGGGUUGCUCGUGAUAUUUAUGGUGAUUCCGAUGGACGAUAGGAGUAAAUGGGGCCGGAGAUUAUCGAGGUAUAUCUGCAAGCAUGCUUGUGGUUAUUUUCCAGUCACUCUGCAUGUGGAGGAUAUUAAAGCCUUCGAUCCGGAUCAGGCCUAUGUUUUUGGCUAUGAACCACAUUCAGUGUUGCCCAUUGGUGUUGUUGCACUUGCUGACCUCACAGGCUUUAUGCCUCUUCCAAAAAUUAAGGUUCUUGCAAGUACCGCUGUUUUCUACACACCAUUCCUCAGGCAUAUAUGGACUUGGUUGGGACUUGCACCCGCAUCAAGGAAAAAUUUUGUCUCCCUCUUGGCAGCUGGUUAUAGUUGCAUCAUAGUGCCGGGUGGAGUGCAAGAGAUAAUUCACAUGGAACGUGGUUCUGAGGUUGCAUUCCUCAAGUCAAGAAGAGGAUUUGUACGCAUAGCUAUGGAGUUGGGACGACCAUUAGUCCCAGUUUUUUGUUUUGGUCAGUCACAUGUCUAUAAGUGGUGGAAGCCUGGUGGAAAACUGUACAUGCAAUUUGCUAGAGCCAUUAGAUUCACCCCAAUUAUCUUUUGGGGAAUUUUUGGGUCUCCCCUUCCCUAUCGCUAUCCAAUGAAUGUGGUGGUUGGUAGACCAAUUGAAGUCAAGAAAAAUCCACAACCCUCCAUGGAAGAGGUCGACGAAGUCCAUAGUCGCUUCGUUGAAGCGCUUCAAGACCUCUUUGAGAGGCACAAAGCGAGGGUCGGCCAUCCUGAUCUUAAACUGAGAAUACUCUGAUCACAACUCCAGCGUGCAUUCGCGACUCCCCUCGCCCCCACUCUUCAUUUUUAUCUACUUUUUAGUCUCUAUAUUUUGCUACUAUGCUUGUUUAUUUGUUUCAUUCGGCUAAUUUUAUCGGUUAAAAUUAAAAUUUCAUGAACCAGUAAUGAGGUGCGCGUGGGCUGCUAGCUGCCCUCACUUCCGGCU